AAUGUCAACGAAACGCCCACUCGCACGAGUCCGCUAAGUUGUGGAGGUGGGCGAGCGCUGGCGGCAAUAUAGACUCAGGACCACAGCUAAUGGCUCAUCAAUCGCCCCCUGCUCGGCAAAGUCCCGCAUCCAGGCUCUGACCCCGUGUGUGUGUGUGUGCGCUGUCGCUUCACCGUGCCGCUGAAUUCCGUCCCCUCGCCCCAUUCCUUGUUGUUUCUCAGCCGAUGCUCACUUGCUCCGAGUCUCAGGCGGCCGACGAGUUCUGUACCGCUUCCAGUGAAGGGACGGCUUCGACUGGGCUGCGCCGUUUCAUCUGGAUAUUAAAAGGCUGUCACGAUGUUAAAAAGCGCGUUGGCGUCUUCUUCUCUGAUUCUCUCCUGCCUUGUGGCGUUGACCCUUCUCACAUUCCUCGACGCCAAGGGAAUUAUUGUGCCUACGUUGUGAAGAAAAAUAUCACUUGUACGAUGCUGGAUGGCACAGAUACUUUUGUGAAAGCCGAAUACCAUCAGUGCACUUGGGGUCAAAUCAAGUGCCCAGGAGUGGUCAUGUAUCGGACUUUUCUAAGACCUAAAUAUAAAAUUGGAUACAAGACGGUGACAGAAUUGGAAUGGAGAUGUUGUCCAGGGUAUUCUGGUGAAGCUUGCCAGGAAGGUCCCAUGGGGCUUCCUGAACUUGGACCGUCACACCCAGGACCAAGGAAAGGUUAUUAUGGCCCUAAAGCUCCGGAUAUAUACGGGGAACGAAUAGACCGUUUAGAAGAUGAAAUGCGACGAUUUUCACAGUCAUUUGAGAAACUCCAAACAAUGGUUAGUGGAAUAAGUGAUAGCCUCAGGCUAUCAAUUCAGGAGGACACCAACAAAAUGAUUGUUUCUUUGCUGAAUAAUCUUAAAUACCCUGAUGCCGCAGUAGGCUUUGGAUAUAUAACUGAUGGCCUAGAAAGCCUGGGUAAAGGAGAACCCACAUAUCCACCAGCAAUGGGAGACUUGGUCGUCAAGGUGACCGAGGUUAAGGAUGUAUUGAAAACAAAGAGUGACUUGCUUGAUGAAGUUCAUGGGAUGGUGAUUGGCCAUGAUGGGCAACUCAGGCAACUACUGGAGGCUAAUAGACCCUCUUCGCCUAUAGCAACUGUGGAUUUCAUUGAUACUUACAUAGAUACCAAACUCACCAAGUUCAGAGCAGAUCUAUUAGAUGGCUUUGAAAACAAAUUGACAGAUGUGCAAUCUGUCUGUGAUUACAAGGUAAAGUUGGUCCAACAGCAAUGUGAUGAACAGAAAGACAUAAACCAAAGGCUUCAGGAAACGAUAGAUGGGAAAGAAUUGGACCUAAAAAAGGAGAUUAAUAAUUUACAGACUCAAAUUGAUGGAUUACCUGUAACCGAAAAUUGUUGUGACACAGUUAACUAUUUGAUGGAAAAAGUCAAUACCCUGGAACAGAACAUACAUGAAAUCUCAAACUAUCAAAGUUCACUAACAACUCGAUUUGAGAAUGAACUCCCACAGUUUUCUACCAUUAAUGUAGAAAAUAUUUAUGACAGCAGGUUAGAUUACAUUGAGGCUAAAAUCAAUGCAACAGAGCGAAGUAUAGAAGACAAUUGUUUGACUGUUGAGAACAACAUAAAGGGACAUUUUGGAGUCGAAUUAGAUGGCAUGAAAAUUCAACUGCAUGAUAAGCUAAAGGAAAUCGAGGGUCAAGUUACAAUUAUCAUUGAAGAGUUAAGUAACGUAACCACACCUGCAAACCUGGAGGGAGAGGUAAUCCCAAUGCUGGAAACAGAAGUUGCCUUGCUUAAAAAGCAAACUUACCACGAUUUGGAUAAAUUGGAGGGAAGACUUAUUGCCCUGGAAAAUCUGUGUCCAACAGAUUGCUUCUCAGUUGUUGGCAGCAUUGACAUUCUCAGAACAGAUAUUGAUGACUGCCAGAAAAACUGCCGAGAUAUUGUGACCCGGCUAGAUAAGAACUCUGGCCUACUCAAUAAACUCAACCAUUCCAUGUUUGAAAUACAACGAAGAAUUAAAGAAGAAGAGGAAUCCAGUAGCGUGCAUGGAGAAAUUACUUUACUGAAGAUCAACAUCAGCUCUGUUAACAGAACACUAAAAGGGAUCAAAGAGGCUGUCAGCAAAUAUGCUGAGGAUUUUGCAAAUGUUAACUCAACCUGGGAUGAGCAUGAACGCAAAAUGGUAGAUGAAGUUCAUCUGAUGCAACAGAUAUUGAAUAGCCAAGGUUCCCAGCUUGUGUUUAAUGACAAACGUGUCCAUGAACUCAAAGGAGAUCUGCAGCGAAUUAACCACAGGGUAAUAUCCGACCUCCACAACUGCAAGCACAAUGCUCAGGACAUCCAGAAGGAAGUGUUACAGGUUGACAGGCGAGUAGCUGAAAUGGAGAGUGUGUGCAGCAAACUGAAUGCAGUAACAACCAGUCUGGAUUUUAUUAAGGAUGCUUUGGAUAAUCAUGCUGGUGAUCUGUGGAGUUACUUAGACCAAAUGAAUGGAACUCUAAUGACAUACGGUCAUGAAAUCACUGGUCUGAAGAAUUCAGUGCACGAGUGCAAUUCCAUGAUUGCUGGCAUUGGAGACCAGACAUUAAUUGGAAACAAGGGUGUUACAAAACAAGUUAUAUUUUCUGUUGGUCUAACUGAAGAGCCCUUCACAGCUAAUAAUGGGGUUUUAAGGUUCAACAAAAUUCUCAUCAACGAUGGAGGUCAUUACGCAACCACGACAGGUAUAUUUACUGUUCCUCACAGUGGACAGUAUUUUAUUAGCGCUGUGUUGACUCCGCAGAGAAAUGAACGCAUUGAGGCGGUGCUGACAGUAUCCAACGUAAGCAUUGCACGAGCGGAUACUGCGGGCUACAGGACUGAACUACUAGAAAUUGCAAUGGAUAAAACUGAAAAACAUCCUGGAGGUGGCCUUGCUGUAUUCAGCCUAAUCUUCAGGCUGAAAGCUGGUGACGAAGUCAGUGUUGUUGUCAUGUCAGGAAAAUUAGCUUACACAGGAACAGAGGAGCUGUACUCGACUUUCAGUGGUGUUUUACUGAAUGAUUUACCAAUGCAUAGCUGACAAAGCCAACAUAGCAUGAGCAGCUAGAACUGAAAGAAGUAACCACCAUUUGAUUUUAAAUGAUUCCUGUAUAUCUCACAGCGAACAAACUGGAAAUACUUGUUUCAAACGUAGACAUCUGGCAAUCUGAACGAUACUAGAACGGUAAUGAUGCAUGGCCAAUCUAGAUUUUAAAAUCAAGAACCACUAAGUAAAACAAAACUGAGUUGCUGUAUAUUCAAGCUAAAUAUGUUUGAAAAUAAGGACUUUAGAUUACUGUCCAUGUGUUAAUCCUCCGAUAACAGUAAUAUCUUGCCAGAAAAAGACAGUGCUGCAGUAACUCAGUGGAUCAGGUAGCAUUCCUGGAGAGCAUGGAUGGGUGAUGUUUUGGGUUGGGACCCUUCUUCACCGGUCUGAAGGUGGAUCCUGACCAAAAUGUCACCUAUCCAUAUUCUCCAGGGAUGCUGUCUGACCCACUGAGUUACUCCAGCAAUUUGUCUUUGUCUGAAUGAGUUAAAUAGCUUAAGAUUUUAUGAGCGACCUUAAAAUAAAUGUUUCAGUUGGGGCCAUUUAAUCUAACUAAUUUUUCUCUUCAAAGUAAGUCCCACAAAAAAAAUGCAAAAAUGCAAGAGAACUGAACAGCAUGAAGUACAAUCUGGUGCACAACAAGUGCCGGGGUAAAUCAACAUUUGGAGUUCAAAAAUGUCCUGUAUUGGUUUGAAUAUUAUACUGGCAUAACCAUUGCCUGCUAAACUGUAUAUCAGGGUAUUAGCGACCAUCAGCCUGUAUAAUACGGUUAGAUAAUACAACCAGGCUAAGUUUUGUUUUCUUAGACAUUAUGAUUCAGGUAGCCUAAAACAUCCAUGUAGUUGCCAGUGUAAUUUAUUUUGAAAUGUAAACUGUAAUACUUUAUGAAAAUCCUUCAUUCCCUUAUGCAGGCUGACCUACAUAAUCCAUGGCAAUUUUCAUUUCUUCACUUUAAGUUGAUGGACAUUGCCUUUCAUAUUAAAAUAUCCAAAGAUUUAGAAAGUAGAUAAAUUAAAUUAACGGUAGUUACCUGGACUCAACAGCAAUAAAGAGCAAAUUGAGAAAUGAGGGAACAUACAUUUAUCCUCUUAUGCGCAAUAACAUUAUUUCUAUCAAUAUGCCAAUCAUGGUCAGUUAUAACAGAGAAUUUUGAUCAAGAGGUCUUAAUCUUUUAGCAGUUGGCAACUCGUAAGCUUUCAGUGUUUGAACAUUAUUGAUCGAUAAAUUGUUUUUACAUCAGAGCAUUAAUUAGAUUAGUGCUAUAUUGCAUUUGUAAUAUUCAGUAACACACUUUUAUGGCAGAAAUUAAAAACUGCAUCUUCAAUAUUGGUAUAACAUGUUACUGAGUGGUUGUGAAUGGUCAAAGAUUGUGAAGUGGAUGAAUGUAUUUAACUGAAACUAGUUGUGUUAAAAAUAACAUUCAAGUACAGAUUAUAGCACAGUAAUUACUUAAGUACUUGAUCAAUUUACUAUUUUAGUGAGUUGACGGUAGACUAGUUUAGUUUAGUUUAAGAGAUACAGCUUGUAAACUGGCUCUUCGACCAAUCGAGUCUGUGCCGACAAGCAAUCACUCCCGUACACUAAUUCUGUCCUACACACGAAGGACAAUUUACAGAAGCCAAUUAACUUACAAACCUGUACGCCCUCCGGAGCACCUGAAGAAAACCCACAUGGUCACGGGGAACAAGCAAACUCCGUACAGACAGCACUCGUAGUUGGGAUGAAACCCAGGACUCUGGCGCUGUAAGGCAGCAGCUCUACCCACUGUGCCACAGAGGAAACUGCCAGAACAUUUGUAGUGAUUUGAAAUAUUUGUCCAAAAAUGUAUUGAGAAAAUCUAUAAUUGUUAAUAUUUAGUAAUUAAUGCUAGCAUUACAUUGCAGUUCAGACAUUUUUUUUUAAUAUAACUAAGAAUUGUUCAACAUACACAUGAACUUGAAAUCCUCUUGUUUUGUAUAUUAGUGUACAUCUUUGAACAUAUGAAACUUGGUGAAAAAGCAAGUUUCUGGUGCUAUUUCUGUAAAUUAAAUACACAUUUUCUACUGUUUAAUUUAAUGUUUGCAAUAAACAUGGUUUAAAAUUAUGCCAAA